UUUUUCAGUCUGCUCUGUGUUCUUCUAGGUUCGUCUGUUGAAGUGUCCUUCUUCUCCUUGUCCGUGCAACCAUGCUGAAGUACGUCCUCCUUCUCGCUUUCGUCGGCUACGCUGCCGCCUCGAUCUGUCCUGGUGGUCAAAGCCAGUGCCCUGGAACUGAGACGUGCUGCGAGUUGACGUCGGGCGGAUAUGGCUGUUGCAAAUUCACCAAAGCGACCUGCUGCUCCGACCAUGAGCACUGCUGCCCAGAUAACUACAAGUGCGACCUGGCGAACGGCACCUGCACCAGUGUUCCUCUGAACGACGGCUCCCUGCACAUCCUCCCGAUGGCCAAGCAACUGGACGCGCUGCCCUACGUCAUGACCGACCAGGACAAGGCAGUGGCGGCCGCCGAGAACCACCACGAGGAGGAGCCGCGUCGCCAUCACCACCACGAGCACCCGCAGCCCGAGGGCGAGCAGCGCCAGCACGAGCGUCGCAACGACGAGUAACCGUGGUGAUGACUAGUACCCGUGGCAAUGACGAGUAACCUCGGCAACGCAGUUAGUGUCGUGUGCUUCGGCGGCUACCGGCUUCUGUCUUUUCAACUUUGUUUUAAAAACAUACAAAAAUCCACCCCGUUCCCUUGGCAUCGUGUGUGUAAUGCUCCCUUUCAUUGUCCUUCGGUAGAUCUUUUCUUCUCUCUCUCUCUCUCUCUGAAGUGUGUCAGUGCUUGUCUUAUGGCGAUUGCUGCAUGUAGCCACACUUGCAAAAUACUCAGCAACAGACUCCCGUAUUCCGCCGUCAAUACCGGUUGGUGUGCCCGAAGCAGAGCUUGGGAUUUCUUAAAACGAAA